UAUUUGUCGACUUAUAUUUCGUCAUUUUUCUGCCAUUUCAUGUUUGUUGAUAAAGUACAAUUAGUGUGUUAAUUACAUCAAGGUUCAAUUUUUAUACGUAGACAGACAACAUAGGUCGUGUCCGGCUAAAUAAAGAAAAUAAAGACAGUUUCUUCGUGAGGUUGCAUUGCGCCGUUGCUAAGCUAGAGGGGGUACUCGUGCUUUCACAUUUUCGGCGCGCUUUUGACACUCGACCUCGCUGGGAAACGAGAGAACCGGGUGGGAGGAAGGGAAGCGGCAGGCGGCUCAGUCACCCUGUCCUCCCGGCUGCGGACGUGAUUAGCAACCGUUGCUACUGACAGCACCCGAAGCGUAGAGUUAACCUAACGUUUGCUGGCGACCGGCGAGCCCCAUCUUUGAAAUAAAACCGAGAGGUGUGGAGUAAUGAGAGUGGAGGAGUGAAGGACGUAGGUGUCCCGGGAGAACAUUGGCAGACAAGCAGGAGGUCAGGCAAGGAUGCUGGAGGCAGAUGCAGACCCAGCAGGUGCAGCACUAGUGGGAGAAGGGGAGGCAGAGAUGGGGAGCGUAGACAUGAAGGCUGAGGUGCUCCGGCUGACUCUCGAGCUCCAGGAGGCCACAGAGGAGAAGCUACAGGCGGCCCGCUAUGGCCUGGUGGUGCUGGAGGAAAGCUCUGCUCUCAAGGUGAAACACAGGCAGCUGGAAGAGGAGCAUGAAGCCCUCAAAGUGGAGCUACAGCAACUGAAAGAGGCAUUUGCAGAUUCUGUGAGUAGCCAGAAGCGUGCAGCUGCUGAUGGAGAGUGCCGGGAGGAGAGCUUGCUGCAGGAGACUGCCACUAAGGAGGCUGCCAUGGCAACCCGCAUGGAUGAAGUCCAGGCAGAGCUAAAGCAAGCACGCCUUGCUCUGAGCAAUGCCCACGCAGAUAUCGAUAGACUCGGGGUGGUCUCCACCCAGCUAAAGAAGGAGUGUGAGUGUCUGGAGGCAGAGAAAGGCCAUCUGAGGGAUGAGAUGAAGGAAUAUAAAGUACGUGAGCUGCGCCAGUUGCAGGAUAAUGGCGAGCUAGAAGAAGAGAACAUAUCACUGCAAAAACAAGUCUCUGUGCUCAAGGAAAACCAGGUUGAGUUUGAAUCGAUAAAGCUGGAGCUGACCCAGAAGAACGAGGAGCAGGAGGAGCUGCGAGCUCAGAUGGAUGAGGCAGCGAGGCUGAGGGAGAUUGCGGAGAAGCAGCUGGAUGAGGCCCUGGAAGCCCUGAAGGAGGAGAGGGAGCAGAAGAACACACUACGGCGAGAGCUCUCUGCCCUGACCCUUAACCCCUUUGAUUCUGUGGGGAACCUGGAGCUCCACUUGGAGCAGCUAGAUGAUAGCCAGGAGGAGGGCCAGGGGGGAGGGGGAGAAGGUGAAGCUGAGGGAGAGGACCAGGACAGCGGCUUUAAUAAUGGUCCUGGGUCUGCUCCCGGUUUUGCUCACCCUCCUCACUUGACGGGCUCCAAAAGUAAUGGCCUCAUCCAUCGCUACUCCACUCCACGCAACAGUGACGUGUUCCUGCGUGCGCCAGCCUCUGGGCUGGUGUCGGACCUGCUGAGUGAGCUACACUUUUCAGACAGUCAGAAACUUAAGCAGCAACUCCUACAGGCAGAACGAGAGAAGUCAUGUCUGACUGACAAGGUGGAGGAAUUGCAGAUGCAGCUGGUAAUGUCCAAGCAAGCCCUCAGUCAACAAGAGGACAAGGUUGGAUCUCUCACGCAACAGCUAGAGGCUGUGCAGAACCGCCAGCAGCACAACCAGGAAGCAGACGACCGGGGUGAGGAUGAGACAGAGAAUGGGGAUGGUGGCGAUGCCGUAUUUGACUACGAGGUAGACACCAAGGGCAAGGAGGUGCUGGAGGCACGCAUGCGUUCGGCCAGCGAAGAGCUCCUGAAGCUGCGAGAUGAACUGUCUCAGGCAGGUUCUCGUUAUAACACCCUGGAGCAACGAUACAAGCAUGAGAAGGAUCGGUGGAGGACAGAGGCCCAGGAGCUGGCUGACAAGAUCCGUCAAUGCAUCAAGUCCAGCAAGCAGGACCAGGAGCGCAUCGGUGAGCUGGAAAAGGAGAUCGGAGCCACACGGAAAGUGGCAAUUGAUUCCGAAGGGCACUUGAGCGUGGCCCAGGAAGAGCUGCUGGCCUUCUCCGAGGAGCUGUCCAACCUCUAUCACCACAUCUGCGUGUGCAACAACCUGACACCCAAACGGGUCACCCUGGACUAUUACCGUGAUAGUGCCAGGGCAAGUGGUGGAGGAGGAAGCGUGCGAAGGUUACAUCACGUCUACCCCCAGCAAAACUCCCAGAAGAAGCCACGAGCCAAUGACAUGUUCGUCUCCAAAGCUGCAGCAUUGCAGUUUAUGGGAGAGAUGGACAGCGCAGGACCCAGUGGAGACUCUCCUAGUUGCCCUGGAUCCCCCACCUUGGAUUUCAGGGACCCUUCCAACGUUCGCAAUUUGGUAGCAGUCAUCCGUUGCCAGAUCAAACACCUCCGGGUGGCAGUGGACCUCUGUCGUCAGAGGGGUGCGAUGCCAUACUCAGGACUGAGCAGCAGCGGAGAGUCAGAGCGUGAUGCUGAAAGCCUGUUGGAUGAAGUAUUAAAACUCAAGUCCCUUCUCAGCACCAAGAGAGAGCAGAUUGCUACCCUCAGGACUGUCCUCAAGGCUAAUAAACAGACCGCAGAGUUGGCCUUGUCCAAUUUGAAAACCAAGUAUGAGACUGAGAAGAGCAUGGUGUCAGAAACUAUGAUGAAACUGCGGAAUGAGCUCAAAGCCCUGAAGGAAGACGCUGCCACCUUCUCUUCACUCCGAGUCAUGUUUGCCAGCCGGUGUGACCAGUAUGUCACCCAGCUGGAUGAGAUGCAGAGGCAGCUGGCAGCAGCCGAGGAUGAGAAGAAGACACUGAAUUCUCUGCUGCGUAUGGCCAUCCAGCAGAAAUUAGCUCUUACUCAGCGUUUGGAGGACCUGGAGGCCCCUCUGUCUCCCCACAGCUUGAGCAGCAGCCCCCGUCGCUCCAGAGCCAAGGAGUUGGCCACCAAGUCAGGCCGAGGUCCACGUAGCCCCAGAAGCAGUCCUGCGCGCCCCCCAGUGAGGAGCAGUCCACGAGCUAGCCCGGUUCUCGGCAGUAGCGUUCCUGCCAUGGCCACGCACCACCUGCGAGCUCUAACCCGAAGCCUCCACACAAGCCCUCGCUGAAACACUCCUUCCAUUACUCCAAACCCCCUCUUCUUCAUAAGGACCUGUCUUCAUGUUGACUCCCCGGCUCCCUCCUCCUUUCGUGACUCAAGACAUCCUGUCCAUCCCAGAUGUGAUGCUACAUUCCCCACUCUACCCACCAGAACCAUGGAUUAAAAAAGUAAAAAAAAAAAAAAAAAAAUGUAAAAAAUAAUCAAAAGAAAAAAUUUUAAAUCUCUCAUCCCACCCUCUUGGUCUUCUCUGCUUAAAAGCGGAGAAGCCUGCAUGCAGCCUGGAGAAAGAUGUUAUUGACUGUGUCUUGUCCCAAGUGGUUUCAACUUCCAUCUGGUCUUGUUCAAGGCUGUGUGUUGUGGCGAACCAUUGACAGUAUUUAUUCCAGAACACCAGACUUUCAUGUACAGUAUUUUCUGUCCUCCGACUAUGAUUCAAGGCUAUAAUCUGUUCCAAGGCUGUAUGUCUUUACUCUCUUGCCUUUAGUCUGGCAUCCUGGUCAGGCCUGUCUGGCGUCUUUUAGUGUCAGUAAACCAUUAGCUCAUCUGUAGUAACUUCCCCCCGGUAGUGUUUUUAUAGAACAAUGCAGCCUUACUAACAGGACUGCCACCCCAACAGUAGAGAGCUUGCUAUCGUCUUGAAGUUCCUCCCUUUUACUCGUGGUGCAGUUACAUGCCCCUUUUUUUUUUAUCCCCGUGAUGUGUCUGACCCUUUGGCUUUGGCCUAUUAGCCACACCCUUUAACAAGAGGUCAGUAAACAUGCCAUUUCAUUGAUGGAAAUAAAUCAGCCAUAAGUUCACCACCUCAGGUCAAACACCAAGUAAUUAGAUACAUGAUUUGGGAGAUAUUUAAUGUGCAUCUUAUUUUGCAAACUAUGCAGACCAAUUCAGGACAGUGCCUGUAUACUUCCUGUUGUUCAAUAGGAUUAAGGUGGGUUUUGAAACUUGCCUUCACUUUCAGUCAAUAACAGUGGCUGGCUGCAGCUAAUUUACAACAGCCAUUUAGCAUCUCUCACAAUAACCAGCUUUUGGAAGUCAUCUAUGGGUGCAAGCAUCCCCAUUGGCUGAUAAUGUACUCUCCUGCUUCUUGGACGUUGGGUUUUAAAUGAUAUCAUUUCAUAUCACUCAAGAAUUUCAGUGGCUCAGUUUACCUGAAACUAAUAUUAACACGUUGGACCAUGCUCGUUUCUCUUGAUGACAUAGUUACGAGAACAAUUCUCAUUCCACUUCUGCUUAUUCCUCACUCCUUUUAACAGCUAAGCAACAAUGUUAAAGUGUUGUGUUUCAUAAUUUAAUAUCACCAUGCUUUUGUGUGCUACCAAAGUAAGCAUGUUGUAAUGAACUAGUAUUACCCACAGAAAGCUACUCUCUUCUGCUGUGGCAACAGCAUCCUUUGUUUUCAGUUAGGAAUACUAAUCGCGCUUGCAGGUUGCCGUUAGGGUUGCUGCUUGUAGAAAAAUGAAAUAAUAAUAAUGAUACUAAUAACAAUGUCCCGUGAUUUCUAAAAGCAUUACACAGUGCUUUACAUCCAGGAACACACAGUUCAAAUACUCACAAUUCAAAUAAAGAAUAAAUAAAUUCAUGAAAAUAAAAUAUUUCAAAGUGAGAAGUAACUCAAACAUGACAUUGCUUUGCUAGUUGGAGCUCCAUGAACAUGGGCCCUGGAUUGCCAAGAAAAGACACAGAAAAAAAAUACAUUAGUCACCAUUUAGAUAUAUAUAUAUAUCUGUCAAUUGGCCCGACAUGGGUUGCUUAUAAGUAGUUUGAUGCUGGGGCUGUGAUUUGAGAACAGUACCACAUAUAUAAACAUUGUCACUGUAACGCAUUAAGUCUCAUUAAGUGCAGUUUAAAUUCAAAUUGAAUUUACCUGAUGAGACCAAUUAUCAUUUAAGACCACAUUUGGAAAUGGCUGUUUAAAAAAAAAAAAGAAAAAAAGAGAGAACUGAAUACAAGGCAAGGAAAUGUUGAAAUGUCCAUUUUUAAAUCUCAACUGUCCUGUGGUUUACACAUCCUGCUGAUUGAUCCCUGCCGCUCCCCAACCUUUUUUUUUUUUUUUUUUUUUUAAUUUUUAGUGCCUUGGUUUUGAUCUUGUCUGUUUUUAGACUACAUCACAUUUUCUAAUUAGAUGCAACUAUUCAACACUGUAGUUGUGAUUUUUUUGAAGGUAUUUGCUUUUGAGGAAACUCAUUGAGCAAUGUCAGCACUGAAUAAAGUGAUAUCUCAUUUUGGUAGAAUAUUUUCACUUUUUAGCUCACAUUCUUCGUAUGAACUCAGUAUUAACUAAUGAAUUAACAGAUAACAUUUGACAUUAGCAUCUCGAAAAAGUGGUUAAAAGACAAAGUGACUGAAAAGAUCAUGAAUACAGAAUUGUAAGUAUAGUGUGUUAAAACAUAGGUACAAUGUUAUGAUAAUGUUUGGAAAAGUGACAGUUUUUGAACUGGUCUGCAUAGCUGACUGUUCAUGAACGUCUGCUAACAAGUGAAAAUGUUUUAACAUGAUGUCAUAUUGCUCUGAAGGUUGUAAAUGGAUUUCUUAAUCUAUUUAAUUCACUCUGUUCAGAUGUGUGUGUAUAAUUUAAUUACCAUGGUUGUAUAAUAUUUUAACUGUAUGUAUUUAUGUGGUCUGCAUUCUGUAUAAAUUGUUCUAGAAGAUGUCAUGCAAACACUCCGCAUAACUUUUUAAGUGUAUGCAAAUUCCUUUCAUUGACCUGUGAACCACUUUUUUCUUGAAGAAUAAAACAAGCCAACACUGUA